AAGUUUCGUAGAAAUGGUGACUUGAGGUUAUGUUUGUAUUUACAGUUGAAUCAGUUGUUUUAUUGUCGAAUCGCAGGAGAUUUUUAAUUACGAUGAAGUAGAAACGAAAUAAUGCGAUGCAUUUAAUUGGUUUUGUAAUAAAAAUUUGUUGGAAAGAUUAAAAUAAAUAUUGUAAAGACAAUUACGCUUAGCUAACCUAUUUCUGUCAAGCAAGUAUUUCUCGUAAACAUUUUCAACGAUAUUUGAAUAUCUUAUCAUCUCGAUUAUUAUUGCAUUUUAUAAAUACAUUUCAGACUAUUAGUGGUAAGAAUGUUUAAUUUAUGAAAUACCUUCAUAUCUAUUCAUUAGGCGAAACGUACGAAGAAGGUUGGAAUCACUGGUAAAUAUGGUACCCGAUAUGGUGCCUCCCUCAGGAAGAUGGUCAAAAAGAUGGAAAUUACGCAGCAUAGCAAAUAUACCUGCACGUUCUGUGGCAAAGAUGCUAUGAAACGAAGCGUUGUAGGUAUCUGGUCCUGCAAACGCUGCAAAAGAACUGUUGCUGGAGGUGCAUGGGUGUAUUCGACAACAGCUGCUGCCUCUGUUAGAUCUGCAGUGAGGAGGUUACGUGAAGUUAAAGAACAGUAAUUAAAUGUAAUAAAUAAUAGUUCAUAAUAAUAUUUUGUCUGUUUUAUUCUGUCCUUUGAUUUUAGUACUAAUUAAUUAUACUAGAAUUUUUCUGGUAAAGGAAUAACAUUAAGAAACAAGAGAUUAUUUUCUGAUAGAUUUAAUAGAUUUGUGACAAUUUAACAUAUGAUACAUAAGACUUAAAUGUUUUGAAGCAAUAUUUAAUAAUAUGGAGGAUAAAACUUUUCUUAUCAUUAAAAAGAAUAUUUAGAAAUUACUUUGGAGGCGCAUCAAAAUCAUGAUUUACUCAUAUUUGGUUUCAUUAUUCGAAUAAUGUAUCUUGUAAAUUUUUUUUUGUUUAUUUAAUAAGAACUUUUCAUAAAAAGGGGGUAUAUUUUAGUGUGACUAAAUUAACUAAUACUUAAAGUAUGGAAUGUUUUAGAAAGCAUAUUAAAUUACUAGUUACUGAAAUUAAAUAUUAUGCACAUAUAUAUUAUUUAAACUUAAUGAAACAUACAUAGAGUACUUUAUUGUCUUUGAAACUAUGUUCAUUUUAAUAUUUAACUUUAUUAUGAAUUAUAGAAAAAG